AUGCAAAGUAUAAAGUAGCUAUUAAUGGAUGUACUAGAUAUUAUUGACAAAGUACUAUCAUUUUCAUUCUAGGAUGUCGUAGAAACUUAUCAAUAAAUGAAUAAAUCGACUACCCAGGAGAUUUGUGGAUAGUCUGAAAUAUAGUAAUAUGAGUACAUACUUCAAAUUGUAGCCUACUUGAAUCGCAUCAAGAUGCUCUUUGAAGAAUAACUAAAUGAACAUAUUAACAAUGAUUAUGAAUCAAUCAUCCAAAAUCUUGAAGCUUCAAUACGGUCCCAUAUAAGAGUUGAACAAUAAUAGAAAUUGCAAAUCGAAGUAUUGAUGCAGAAACUAGAAGAAAUUACUCUCGAGAAAGAUCUCCACAUACAACAACAACAAGAUAAAAUUCGAUCACUAGAAUUGAUUAUAAAUGUAUCUAUCCAACUUUUCUAGGAUUAAAACAAAAAGCUAUAAGAAAAUUCUCCUGUCGAAAUUAUCCAUAAGAAAAGUCCUUCCGCCUUUUUUGAGAGACUCGGAAAAUUCGUACAAAACAAGGCUUCAAAGAAUACCCAAAAUUCUACUUAUGAGACGAAUCUCAAGACUUUCUUGAAGGCUUGUCACACAGAUGCUGAUCGGUCUUUGUCCAAAGGAAGGAGACAUCUGUCAGCAAAACGAGAAUUUGGGUUGCAGCGAAUAAAUGAUGAAACCCAACCAUUUCCAGAAUCAAAACUUACUGAAACUGAAAGAUUAAGAGAAAAUGGGCGACACAAACUAUAAAGGUCAGAUAAAUCCAAUGAAUUGUAACAUUAAACAUCUGAGAAAUAAUUGUAGAUGAAUAAAUAUAAAGCAUUUACUAAGGUUUAUUAAAUCAAUAUUCUCUUGUAGUUUGACAUCCAGAAACAGGAAUAAACAGUUUCUAGUUAGAGUUUUGAAUAAGUAGGUAAGAAUUUAAUUGCAUUGUAAAAAUAAAUAUCAAAUGGUCGCUUAAAAAAUACUUAAGGAACUUAAUUACUUAAAUUUUUAUAAAAGAAAUGA